UUCAUGAUCAUUGUGGCUCGAAAACGGUUGUUUUUUUCGUGCAAAAGAAAAAAUAACGAUUUUUUAUUAUUAGAAUUUCGAAACCAGAAUUAAUAAAAAUUAGGAGAAAGGAAAAUAAUACGAAUUAAAGUGAUCGUACACGUGGCUAUCAUCGACGGAGGAAAUAGCCAUUUAUUUAUCUGAUCUUCAUCACUCUGAUGAGUCUGAAAUCAAAAAAGCAUUUACACAACGAAGAUCAUUAAUGGCUCUCGAGGCAUGGUUUAUGGAUGAUAGCAAUGAGGACCAGAGACUUCCUCAUCAUCGUAACCCGAAAGAACUCGUCUCGUUGGAUUACUUGGCAGAGUUGGGAGUGUUGUACUGGAAGUUGAACCCUGAGAACUACGAGAAUGAUUCUGAACUUAGCAAGAUUAGAGAAGACAGGGGUUACGAUUACAUGGAUUUGCUGGAUCUGUGUCCCGAGAAAGUCAGCAACUACGAAGAAAAGCUGAAGAACUUUUUCACAGAACACAUUCACAAGGACGAAGAGAUUCGGUACUGCCUAGCAGGAAGUGGCUACUUUGAUGUUAGGGACAAGGAUGAUCGUUGGAUCCGUAUCUGGAUGCAACCUGGCGAUCUCAUUGUCCUUCCUGCCGGAAUCUACCACCGGUUCACACUCGACGCCAGCAACUACAUCAAGCUAAUGAGGCUGUUCGUGGGGGAACCGGUUUGGACACCAUAUAACCGGCCACAGGAAGAACAUCCUGUUAGGAAAAAGUAUAUCCACGGCUUAACCUACAAGUUUGGAGAAACCGUUAAAGCACAUUAACAAUAUUAAUAUAUGCUUGUUGUGUAAUUUGUAUGUAUUGUUUACUCUUUAGUCUUAAGCAGUAAAAUAAAAACAGCGGCUCCUUCUGGAUAGUUGUUCUUGUAACAUACUUUUGCGAUGUAUGCUUUUAUACAUAAAAAAAAUAGUGUGUAUUUAUCUAAUAAGUAUCAUUAAAAAACAAAUGUCAGCUGCGAACGUGAAAUUUAUAACUAAAAAAACCCUACGAUUUUCG